ACAGGGAAAAAAAAACACUAGCUCCAUGGUGGAUUGGAGCCUAGCUUAGCAUCAAGAAACAGAUCCCUGAUGGAUUGGAGCCCAGUAUGACUUCCAAUUUGAGCGUUAGACAACUCCCAAUCAGGCUAGCAACUUAUGGACUGGAAGACUGCAAAAGCCCAUAUCUCCAAUAUCCUGAAAGCCCAACGUCCCCAACUUGGAGAACAUCAGCCAGCGGAGUAGCGAAGAGAGAGAGAGAGAUUAUCAGAGAGAGUACACCCACUGCGACCAGAAGCGCACAGCUAACGGAGCGAGCGAGAUCAUCAACCUUCACCGCGCAAAGAGACCAUGGGGAGGAAGAAGGGCGUCGCCGAGUUCGAGGAAUCGCCGCCGGAUGACUUCGAUCCGUCCAAUCCGUACAAGGACCCCGUGGCGAUGCUGGAGAUGAGGGAGCACAUCGUGAGGGAGAAGUGGAUCGCCAUUGAGAAGGCCAAGAUUCUGAGGGAGAGGCUCCGCUGGUGCUAUCGCGUCGAAGGUGUCAACCACCACCAGAAAUGCCGCCACCUCGUCGAGCAGUACCUCGAGUCUACUCGUGGUAUCGGCUGGGGAAAGGACCAUCGCCCUCAUUCAUUUCACGGUGUCCCAAGGUGGAAGCCGUGGAAUCCGAGGAGUAAAAGGGUUGCUUGUUCUCAAGAUGAGCCACAUUGCUGGGAGAUCAAUGCUGGACACUGAAGGAAUGCAAUCCUUUACGAUUUUAAGUUAAUGUUUUUUUUUUUUUUUUUUUGCUUCUCUUGGCCCUUGACUAUAUAUCCACACAAUCAUUCCUCAUCUCUCCUGUAGUGUACCGCUGCCUUGAACUUCCAGGCUGGGAUUCUGUCAUAAUGGGAAUCACAUGUUUUGUGUGGAUAAACCUUCUCGAUGAAUGGAUGCUGCUUUCGAAAUGUUACUAUGUUCUGCUAAUCGUGCGAGGCGGGUAUUACCCUCGUCGCCUGUGGAGGCUGAGAUCUCAGUGACAUGACCUUUGCUGGAUUAUAGGUGCUCGUCGAGUUGAGAACUGAUUGAACA